UUUUUAAGGACCCUUAAACAUCCCUGAACAUAGAUAUUGGUUGUGUACUCCAGUUGUACACAAUGUAACUCGUUCAUAUAUCUAUUUACUCUCUUAUCCUUGAUUCAGACUAAAUACGUUUGUAAGAAUGAAGAUUGAGAUUAUUGAGGAGAAUAUUGGAGAACACAAGGAGGAGAAAUGGGAUACAGGAACAGAGGUAGCUGGAUGCUGGGUGUGCCUUGGACCAGGGGUGGAAACUAAUGAGUUCUAUCCUGAAAUGAGAUAUUGUGGACCUCAGCAUAGAGAGAUGCACCAACCAGAAGACCAUGAUGAACCCUGGCCAUUCAGUGUCAGACAGAAGGAGGGAGUUGGUAGAUUACUUGUUGCUGCUAGAGAUAUUGAGAAGGGUGAAUUGAUUUUCACGGAACAGGCUUUGGCUUGCGGGCCCAACCAUACUCUUCAGGCAGAUCACUGCUUGGACUGCAUGAAACCAAUAGAAGAUAAGAAUAGAUGUUCUGCUUGUGGUUGGCCAGUUUGUAAUACAGAAUGUGAAUCUGGUCCUAAUCAUGGAAUAGAAUGUUCUCUUCUCGCUGAAAAUAGGUCAAAAAUAGAUGUUGAAGAAUUGAAGGAAGAAGGAGUUCUCUACUGGCCAAUAUCAGCUCUAAGAUUACUCAUCCUUGCUAAGAGUAGACCCGGAGAUUGGAGUAUACUACAGAGAAUGCUGGGACACAGGUAA